AUGGGUUCACAUGAGCAGUAUCGGCGCUCUCCACAUGCGAGGCGGCCUUAUUAUGGACACCCAGACGUCGAUGAUAGCGAGAGAUCCUGGAAUUUACAUGCUAGUAGUCAUGAUUUUGCACCCCAAGACAACAUCGCCGACCAGCCUCUCCAGUCCUACAAUCCGCAGCACUCUUACCAGCCGGCUUUAUCCUCCAUGGAUCCUGGUAUCUUAGGACAGUACCAGCCACACAUGUGGCCGCACCCGGAAGGGAGUCCGCAGCAGGGGCAGUCGUGGGACGAACGAUACCCAAACUCGGCAAUUGUUCAAGAUGCGUCGAACUACCAGAUCAACGCAUUUGGUGCUCCGGGUGAUUGGCAUGCCGAUCAAAGAUAUCCUCUCGAACAGGGCGGCGCCUCCGUGCUUACGGUGAACAACCACUCCGAGAAUCGAAAUAUAUCGAGUAACGCUUUCACUUCUCUUGCGGGCUCGUCCGCGCAGAACUCUGAUCACCUCCAGCAAGCGAAGGCUGUCGUUGACGGCCAGACGUUCCAGAACACGAUACUGUCGAGCUAUUCUAGCUGUGGUACUGUUCACCACAACCCUCAUCCGCUUGGUCCUAGGCAGUCCGACACGACCCUCUCUAACGCGGACCUUCAACAGGAGCCGUGGUCAUUUUACCACCCAGUCGAUGUGUGCUACGAGCCAGUCUUUCUUGAAGGAGCACCAGGGCCAGAUUUGCAAGAGACUCCAUAUAUGGCGCUUUCGACAACGGACUAUGUCAGUGAAAACAUGGAGAACAGCGUCGUCACUGAGCGUCCAGGCGCGAAUUACCCACAAUAUGCCGAUGCCGACCAGAUCCCACCUUACAAUCUGCCCUACUACACUCGCCCUAUCCAAAUUGAUAUCGAAAGAUCUGCGACUCCUUUCGAGACCCCCUCGACCACGCAAGGCUCUUCUCAGUGGGAUUUAGGCCUGGACAUUCCAAUGCAAAGAUCUCAUUCCACGCGCUCUUCUCUGUCCAACGCGUCCUCAUCCGGUCCUCCACCGACCCACACUCCGGAGGUAAUGUACUGCGAAGUCGUCGACUGCAAGCAGUCGUUCACCGGUCUGUAUUCAAGAGGCAACCUCGGAAGACAUAGGAGAUUAGUUCAUGGAACGGGCAGCCGGUAUGUGUGCGGGGACGACACAUGUGCCAAGGAGUUCAGGCGACAGGAUGCUCGACUCAAGCAUUACAGGAAAUAUCAUCCUGAGCUUGCUGCCGAUAGUCCGCUUGUCCGUCGUUCGUCCGCUUCUAGGCCCACGCGCAGACACCAGGAAGUCGAAUUGAGCAACAUGUCCGGUUGGGCCACCUGA